ACAAGUAGGCAAGUAAACAACUUUUACAUUUGAACUUAAUCAUGUCUCACACCGAAGAAAUCAGUGAUGGAAUCAGUGAUCAUGUGACUAAAUUCAGAUUAGUGCAGUCAGAUUGCACAUGGAGGAGUCAGAUUGCAGAUUGUGUAGAUGUGGAGGGUCAGCUGUCAGAUGCCAAACUAUAUGAGACUUCCACAGAACAUGGAGUUUCCUGGACAGUGGUCAGCCCUAUUGUCUUCACUUACCGAGUCAUUCAAUGUGAGGGGUUACUGGAUGCAAGCAAUAACACCUUACUGUUUGGCCAUAUCUCCAACCCUACAGAGUUUGACAUCCAUAACAACAACGAUAAAAUUAUGAAGCGAUUCAUUGUAAUCGACGAGACUGUUAACAAUCUUUACGGCUCACAGGUUGCAGCAUACUUUGAAGCAAGAAAGGUGAUGUACAAGAUCCUACCCUUGCCCACUACAGAGGAGAACAAGUCCAUGAUAUUUGUGACUAGAAUCUUGGAGGAGGUCCAUAAGUUCGGUAUUGACCGGCGAACAGAGCCCAUCAUCGCUAUUGGUGGCGGCGUAUGCUUGGACAUCGUGGGUCUGGCGGCAUCGCUGUAUCGGAGACGCACUCCAUAUAUUCGUGUCCCUACCACUUUGUUGGCGUACAUUGAUGCCAGUGUAGGGGCAAAGAACGGAGUUAAUUUUGCGAACUGUAAAAAUAAGCUAGGGUCGUAUAUACCACCAGUAGCAACGUUCCUGGACAAAACUUUCCUGUGGACUCUACCACGCCGCCAUAUUUCUAAUGGAAUGGCCGAGAUGUUGAAGAUGGCGCUGAUUAAACACAAAGGACUGUUUGAACUUUUGGAGAAGGAGGGCAGAUAUUUGUUGGACACCAGUUUUCAAACCACAGAAGGAACCAAAGCACAUACAGAUGCAGCCAGUGUGUCCACUAGAUUGGCUAUUGAAACCAUGCUGGAGGAACUUGCUCCAAACUUGUGGGAAGAUGACCUGGACAGGCUGGUGGACUUUGGUCAUAUCAUCAGUCCAGAGCUUGAAAUGAAAAUUCUUCCUGCACUUCUACAUGGAGAGGCGGUUAACAUAGACAUGGCUUUCAUGGUCUAUGUGGCUCAUGAGAUGGGCUUUCUGACAGAGGAGGAGAAAAGACGCAUCAUAGUCUGCAUGUGGAGUCUUGAGCUUCCUGUGUGGCAUUCAGACUGCACUCUGGAGCUGGUACAGAAAUCCCUUAGUGAACGACUCAAGCACUCCGGUGGACUUCUGAGAAUGCCUCUACCUAUGGGUCUGGGCAAAGCAAGAAUCUACAAUGGCAUAGAAGAGAUCAUACUUUGCAGAGCAUUCAAGAAAUGGUGUGAAGAACAUAGAGCUGAGCGCUUGGACAACAUCAAGGAAACAUAAUACUGCCCCACUUCAAUAUUACACCUGACUGUAAUUCUUAAUAAACAUCCACAUACAUUUGAGAGUAAAACAUCUCUGAUAAAAAUUAAAUAAAUGCCAGAAAUUGUGAAAACCACUAAAUAUAACUUUAAUGUUUGUAACACUUUCAAUCCAAGUACACUUGUCAAGCUUGAAAUGGCCACACUAGUGACCAACUACUUCAAAUUUUCAAUUUCAAAACAACAUUUUGAGUGAAAGGUGACUUCAACAGGUGAAAAGUUGGGUCGGCUUCCAGUACUGAAUUCAUACAAAAUCCUUCAUAAGGCAAUUCAACCAACAUUUUUUUUAAGUCCUUCCUUAAAUAAUGUUUGGUUAAGCUUCAAAAACAUAAUACAAAAUGACAUUAACAAAAAACAUCUUUAGCUAUAGCCAGCCCCCCCCCCACCCCCCAUGGAAGCUUUCAGUGGGCAUCACUGAUACUCAUGCAUUCACAUAGGAGCCUUGAGCUUUCCUUGAUUGUCUGAAUUAUUGCUAAGAAAAUAACAAUUGCAACAGCCAGUUUUGCUUUAACUCCACAACAUACAUAAAUAAUACUUUUACUGCAUAUUCAGACUUCACUUGAAAUUUGGCAACAUUUUAUCAGUCAACACUGUAUAACAUUACAUACAAAUUACAUUAAAGUCAACUUUCAGUAGUUUCAUGCUAGUAGGUGGAGUUAAAUACAAUAUUCUUGAAAGCCAUGAAGUGCUUCAAGACAAUUCAGGUUUAAUCAAGAAUACAUUUAUGUCAGAUCAAGUCUUUAGUCAAACCCUUCAAGAUCAUUCCCCUCUACUUCCCUUAAGGACAUUUAUUUGACACUAGUUUGAUGCCACAGUCUAAGACACAAUCUAAGAUCACAAAAAUAGAAGAAAAUACAUUUCUUUUAAAUACAGAAUUCAUGAGUAAUGAGAUAUCAUUCAGUUCCAUUCUAUGUCAUUUGAGCCAUCAUUAAAUCUGUCAUGUACUUGGUGGCCAUAUGUAAUUAGAGUGAACAAUCCUCCCUGCCCAUAUCUGGAUGAUGACUUCCACCUCUGGUUGCAGUGAUCUGAAUCCUACUACGAUUAGUUAAGCAUUCCAUGACACUGGACAACGUACUGUAUAAUUUCUGAUGAAGUCAUCUCAUCCAGGAAAGUGAAGCUGUUUUUAACCAGAAAGCACAUUAUGAUAUAAUUCACACAAAAAUGUGUCAUCAUUAUGCCUAAUGUCACUCAAAAAACUUGUGAUUUUCAAGUUUCUUUGCAUAAUGUUUUUGCAUUAACAACAAGCAUGUGAGUAAAUGUUGAUAUAAUUUUAAUUUUGGUUGAACUAUUCCUUUAAGUAACAGGUUUGUAAUUUAAGGCACUUAACUGUCGUAUAACUCAUCUUUCACUAAAACUUGUUUAUUAUUAAACCUUAUUCACAUAAGUCUGCACUAACUGACUGGCACAAUUAACGUUCCACCUCCCGUGGAAAGCAGGUGGUAUACUGAAUUUUUUCAAAUGUAAUUUAUCAAAUGAUUUCUUCUUUCAAAGAAAAGGGUUGAUUUCUGAACUGAAAGUUACCUCUGCAUAGUUCUAUAUAACAAAACAUAAUACAGUAGUUGCACCUACAUGGCCAUUAUAGUGGCACAAAUUGGAUGCUUCUCAAAGGCAUAUAUCAGCGCCACUGCUGAGCAUUUUGAAACAGUAAAAAUAUUCAGUAACUGUACAGCUUAUUAUAACAUAGUCAUUUUACACCAAGCAUUUCAAAAACCCAAAAAAGUGUUAGAAUAUAUAUAUAUAUAUAUAUAUAUAUAUAUAUAUAUAUAUAUAUA